AUGGCUGGUUUCCAGAUCCCAGAGUCUUAUGGCUACGUCCUCUCGGCGGCCGUCUCAACCUUCUUCAUCGGCGCCUGGCUAGGCGGCCGCGUGGGCGGCUUCCGCAAAGCAGCCAAGAUCCCGUAUCCGUUCGAAUACGCGUCGUGGGAACAAGUCCAGACGGCGGCGCCAGGCUCCAAAUCCGCCAUGCUGGCCUUCAACGCGGCGCAGCGCGCGCACCAGAACUUCAACGAGAACCACGCCACGGCCGUGGGCGCCAUGCUGAUUUCAGGCCUCAAGUACCCUGUUGCGACGGCGGUGCUGGGAGCCGCGUGGAGCGCCAAUAGGGUCCUGUAUGCGAUUGGGUAUACUCGGACGGCGGAGACGGGCGGCGCGGGAAGGUACUAUGGUGCGCUGGGCUUGAUUGCGCAUUAUGCUAUGGUGCUUAUGAGCGCGAAGACGGCGUAUGAUUUUGCCAUGGCGUAG